AUGGCUUCCCCUACCGCCCAGUCGGAGGUCGGGCUCAUCGGCCUCGCGGUCAUGGGCCAGAAUCUGGCCCUGAAUGUGGCGGAGAAGGGCUUCCACAUCUCCGUGUACAACCGAUCUGGGGACAAGACGGACGCCGCCGUGUCCCGGGCCGGGAAGGAGGGCGUGGGCGAGCGCCUGCAUGGGUACAAGGAGCUCAAGGACUUUGUGGCCUCCCUCAAGCGCCCCAGGCGCGUGAUCAUUCUGGUGAAGGCGGGCGCCCCCGUGGACGCAACCAUCAAGCAGCUGACGCAGUUCUUGGAGCCCGGCGACAUCAUCAUCGACGGCGGGAACGAGUGGUACGAGAACACGGAGCGGCGCCAGGCGGAGCUGGCGGCCCUGGGCAUCCACCACAUCGGCAUGGGGGUGUCCGGCGGCGAGGAGGGCGCGCGCAACGGCCCCGCCAUGAUGCCUGGCGGCGACGAGGGCGCCUACUCCCACCUCCGACCCGUGGUGGAGCGCGUGGCGGCGCAGACCGACGACGGCCCCUGCGUGACCUACAUCGGGCCCGGGGGCGCUGGGAACUACGUGAAGAUGGUGCACAACGGCAUCGAGUACGGCGACAUGCAGCUGAUCGCGGAGGCGUACGACGUGCUGCGCACCGUGGGUGGGCUGAGCAACGAGGAGCUGGCGGCCACCUUUGUGGAGUGGAACGGCGGCGAGCUGGAAUCCUUCCUGGUCAUGAUCACCAGCCUCAUCUUCUCCGUGCGCGACACCGAGGGCGAGGGCUUCCUGCUGGACAAGAUCCUGGACAAGACGGGGAUGAAGGGGACGGGGAAGUGGACCAUCCAGCAGGCCGCGGAGCUGAGCGUGGCCGCGCCCACCAUGGCCGCCGCGCUGGACGCGCGCUUCCUGUCGGGGCUCAAGGACGAGCGCGCGGCGCUGGUGGCCGAUGUGCGCGAGGCACUGUACGCCGCCAAGAUCUGCUCCUACGCACAGGGCUACAACAUCAUCCGCGCCAAGAGCAUGGAGAAGGGCUGGGGCAUCGAGCUGGCAGACCUGGGCCGCAUCUGGAAGGGCGGCUGCAUCAUCCGCGCCGCGUUCCUGGACCGGAUCAAGGUGGCCUACCAGCGCAACCCCGACCUGCCCAACCUCCUGGUGGACCCCGACUUUGCCGCCGAGCUGGCGCGGAAGCAGGACGCCUGGCGCCGCGUGGUGGCCGUGGCCGUGGGCGCCGGCAUUGGCAUCCCCGGCAUCACCGGCUCCCUGGGCUACUUUGACUCCUACCGCCGCGGCCGCCUGCCCGCCAACCUGGUCCAGGCGCAGCGCGACUUCUUCGGCUCCCACACCUACGAGCGUGUGGACCGGCCGGGGUGGACGCACACCGUGUGGGACGCGUCCUUUGGCUCCGCGGACAGCAUCACCACCUCCGGAUACAACAACUGA